AAAAUACAGGAAAUAAAGCGCCAUCAUUUACGACCUUCUAUCCCAUUCUCCAGAGCUACGCCUUCACCUCGCGCUCUCUCUCUCUGUGUGAUGCUUCUCCGACGCUGCUGACGCGACUUUCCUAUCUAAUCGCGGAAUCAUGGCAUCACCUGCUGGUUUUGUACGUGAUACAUCAGUGGUUGUUGUGACAUUGGAAUCUACCGAGGUCUAUAUUGUUGUAAGUUUGUAUUCACGGUCUGACACACAGGUGAUUUAUGUUGACCCUACAACUGGAGCUUUGCAAUUUAAUGCAAAAUUUGGAUAUGAUGUUUUUAAUUCUCAAGAUGAAGCCUUAAAUUUCAUUACAAAUGGUUCAAAAUGGCGGUGCAAGAGUCUAACUUACGCCAGGGCUUUAUUGGGCUAUGCGGCCCUCGGGAGCUUUGGUUUAUUACUUGUUGCAACAAAGGUUUUGGCCAGUAUUCCAGAUUUACCUGGAGGAGGGUGUGUAUAUACCGUGACAGAGAGUCAAUGGAUUAAAGUUUCACUCCAAAACUCUCAACCAGUGGGAAAAGGCGAAUUCAAGAAUGUUCAAGAGUUGAGUGACCUUGACAUUGAUGGAAAGCACUAUUUUUGUGAAACUAGGGACAUCACUCGGCCUUUUCCUAGCCAUAUGACUUCACAGACUCCUGAUGAAGAAUUUGUUUGGAAUAAAUGGUUUUCAAUGCCAUUCAAGAAAAUUGGGCUUCCACAGCAUUGUGUCAUUCUUCUGCAGGGGUUUGUAGAUUGUCGGGGUUUUGGAAGCUUAGGACAACAGGAAGGGCUUGUUGCCCUCAUUGCUCGUCGUAGUAGGCUGCAUCCUGGUACCCGGUAUCUAGCAAGGGGUUUGAAUUCUUGCUAUAGUACAGGCAAUGAAGUUGAAUGUGAGCAGAUUGUAUGGAUUCCCAGAAAGGCUAGUCAAAGUGUUCCUUUUAAUACAUAUGUUUGGAGAAGAGGAACUAUUCCUAUUUGGUGGGGGGCAGAGUUAAAGAUGACUGCUGCAGAAGCAGAAAUAUAUGUUUCUGACCGUGACCCUUAUAAAGGAAGUGCACAGUACUACCAGAGGUUAUCUAAAAGAUAUGAUGCACGGAACCUGGAUGUUUCUGGUAAUCAGAAAAAAAGUGCUCUGGUUCCAAUUGUGUGUGUCAACUUGCUUAGAAACGGAGAAGGAAAGGCAGAGUGUAUUUUAGUUCAGCAUUUUGAAGAAUCCAUGAAUUAUAUCCGAUCAACAGGUAAACUUCCUCAUACUAGAGUGCAUUUGAUAAAUUAUGAUUGGCAUGCCAGUGUAAAACUAAAAGGAGAGCAGCAAACAAUUGAAGGACUUUGGUACCUCUUAAAAUCACCUACAGUUUCCAUAGGCAUUUCUGAGGGGGAUUAUCUACCUUCUCGCCAACGGAUUAAAGAUUGUAAAGGUGAAAUCAUAUGUAAUAAUGAUUUUGAUGGUGCUUUCUGCUUAAGAUCACAUCAAAAUGGAGUGAUACGUUUCAAUUGUGCGGAUUCAUUGGAUAGAACCAAUGCUGCUAGUUUCUUUGGUGCGCUCCAGGUUUUUGUAGAGCAAUGCAGACGAUUAGGCAUAUCACUUGAUAGUGAUUUGGCAUAUGGUUAUCAAUCAUAUAACAACUAUGGUGGAUAUACAGCUCCCUUACCACCUGGCUGGGAGAAAAGAGCAGAUGCUGUCACAGGGAAAACAUAUUAUAUUGAUCACAAUACAAGGACCACAACUUGGAAUCAUCCUUGCCCGGACAAACCUUGGAAAAGAUUUGACAUGACAUUUGAGGAGUUUAAACGGUCAACAAUUUUAAAUCCUAUAUCUCAAUUAUCAGACUUGUUUCUGGUUGCUGGGGAUAUUCAUGCAACAUUAUAUACUGGCUCGAAAGCCAUGCACAGUCAAAUUCUUAGCAUAUUUAAUGAGGAUGCAGGCAAGUUCAAACAGUUUUCUGCUGCUCAGAAUGUGAAAAUCACUCUACAGAGAAGAUAUAAAAAUGCAGUUGUGGAUAGCUCUCGUCAGAAACAACUAGAGAUUUUUCUUGGCCUAAGGCUUUUCAAGCAUUUACCUUCAACUGUGAUCCAACCCUUACAUGUUCCCUCUCGCCCAACUGGAUGCUUUCUGAAGCCGAUUGCUAACCUAUUCCCAAGUGCUGAUGGUGGCAACGAUCUUCUAAGCUUUAAGAGAAAAGGCCUCACAUGGGUUUGCCCCCAGGCUGCAGAUGCGGUUGAACUCUUAAUCUUUCUCAGUGAGCCUUGUCAUGUUUGUCAGCUUCUUCUUACCGUUGUGCAUGGAACUGAUGAUUCAACUUUUCCAGCAACUGUUGAUGUGAGGACAGGACGUUAUCUUGAUGGACUUAAGCUUGUUGUUGAGGGAGCCUCAAUACCUAAGUGUGCAAAUGGAACGAAUAUUUCAGUACCCAUAUCAGGACCAAUUAGUACUGAGGAUAUGGCUAUCACAGGAGCAGGUUCACGCCUACAUGCUCAAGAUACUUCUAACCUACCAUUGUUAUAUGAUUUUGAAGAACUGGAGGGAGAAUUGGAUUUUCUUACCCGUGUUGUUGCACUUACAUUUUAUCCUGCAAUGGAGGGAAAAGGUCCAACUACUCUUGGUGAGAUUGAGAUACUUGGAGUGCCUCUUCCAUGGAGGUUUAUAUUUAAUGGUGAAGGCCCUGGUUUAAGGCUAUCUGAUGACCCCAAUCCUCGUUGUGAGGAAACUAACCCGUUUAUGUCUGGACUUGAGACCAAUCCUUUUGCUGCCAAUUUAUCCAAUGAUAAAGUUGUGCCAACUACAGUAGCAGAUACAUCUACCAACUUGUGGGUAGACCUGUUGACAGGAGAGAGCCAAGUUCCAGAUUCCAAUCCCAUGCCAGCAGGUGGAACUGUUUUGCAUGAAGGGGGGGACCUGCUUGACUUCUUGGAUGAUGCUGUAACCCAACCACAACAUGGUGGGAAUGAUGGCUCCAAGGUCAUUUCCCUAGAAGGACAAGCAACUAAUUGCACUCGGCUGUAUACAGAUUGUUUGAAACAACUUGAAGGUCAUAAUAUGGAGCGAAAAUUAAGUUUUAUGGAAGCUAUGAAACUUGAAAUUGUACGCUUUCGGCAAAAUCUUUCAGCAGCUGAAAGAGAUAGAGCUUUAUUGUCAAUUGGUGUUGAUCCUGCUAGUAUAAAUCCAAAUCUAUUACUUAAUGAUUCUGAGAUGGGAAGAUUGUGUGGGGUAGCAAAUGCCCUUGCACUUCUUGGGCAGGCUUCUCUUGAAGAUAAACUCACUGCAGGUAUUGGUCUUGACAUUACUGAUGAGAGUGCUAUAGAUUUCUGGAAUAUUACUGGUAUUGGGGAGAGUUGUUUGGGAGGUAAAUGUCAGGUGCAUGCUGAAGGAGGGCCUGCAGCACUUGCAUCCGCUACAUCAUCUUCAUUGCCUUCACAGGCUUUUUAUCUGUGCUCUGUAUGUGAACGAAAUGUUUGUAAAGUUUGUUGUGCUGGGAAAGGAGCUCUUAUGAUUGGAAAGGAGGUCUCAAGUUACAAUGGCUUAGGAAGCCAGACUGGAUCAUUGCAUGGAAACUCAACUGAUGUACCAUCAAAUCGUUCUACUUCACUUGAUGGUGUUAUUUGUAAGUCAUGCUGCCAUGAUGUUGUGCUCAAAGCAUUGAUGUUGGACUACAUUAGGGUCUUGAUUAGUGAGCGAAGAAGAGCUCGUGCAGAUGAAGCAGCACGAAAAGCUGUAAAUCAUGUGUUUUCUAUGAAUUGUCUUGGUAGGAGGCAUCCAUCUAGUGAUUCCCAGGUCAGUACAAAGGUUUCAAGGCAGUUGAUGAAUGAAGAAGAAUCUCUUGCAGAGUUUCCUUUUGCCAGCUUUCUAUACCCGGUUGAAACAGCAGCUGGUUCUGCACCAUUCAUGUCGUUGCUUGCACCCAUCAAUUCUGGAUCACGGGAUUCAUAUUGGAAAGCUCCCUCUAGUACCUCUGCAGUUGAAUUUGUUAUUGUUCUUAGUCAGCUAUCUGAUGUUUCUGGUGUUCUUCUUCUUAUUAGUUCUUGUGGAUACUCCAUGUCAGAUGCACCCAUUGUACAAAUUUGGACCAGCAAUAAAAUUGAAACGGAAGAAAGGUCUUGUGUUGGAAAAUGGGAUGUUCGAUCCAUGAUCACUUCUGAACUUUGUGGCUCAGAAAACUCAUCUGAAGUACCUAGACAUGUAAAAUUUUCCUUCCAAAAUCCUGUUCGAUGUCGCAUUAUUUGGAUAACAUUACGUCUUCAAAGAAUUGGUUCGAGUUCUGUUAAUUUAGAUAGAGAUAUUAAUCUUUUGUCCUUGGAUGAAAAUCCUUUCUCGGAGCUUACUAGACGUGCCUCCUUUGGAGGCGCAGCUGAAACUGAUCCAUGCCUUCAUGCUAAAAGAAUCUUGGUCUUGGGAAAUGCACUAAAAAGGGAUGCAGGCAUAUCAAGUGAAGUCCCUGACCAAAUAAAUACAACAAAUUGGUUGGACAGAGGUCCUCAGUUAAACAGAUAUAAGGUUCCAAUAGAGGCUGAGAGGUUAAUGGACAACGAUCUUGUUUUGGAGCAGUUUCUGUCCCCAGCUUCACCUAUGUUGGCAGGAUUCCGUCUGGAUGGUUUCAGUGCAAUAAAACCUCGGAUUACCCAUUCACCAUCUUCAGAUUUUAGUUCUCAGAACGACUAUUUCUGUUUGUUAGAGGAUAGAUUCAUAUGUCCAGCUGUGUUAUAUAUUCAAGUGUCUGCUUUCCAGGAACCUCACAGCAUGGUCAAUGUUGCAGAAUAUCGGCUGCCAGAAGUGAAGGCUGGGACACCAAUGUACUUUGAUUUCCCCAGGCAAAUAAGCACCCGGCGUAUCUCAUUUCGGCUUCUCGGAGAUAUUGCUGCAUUUACUGAUGACCAAACAGAACAGGAUGAUUCAGACAUAAGAACCCGCCCUGUGGCUGCUGGGUUGUCUUUGGGUAACAGAAUCAAGGUUUAUUAUUAUGCUGAUCCCUAUGAAGUUGGAAAAUGGGCUAGUCUGUCAGCCGUGUAAUCGAUCUUGUCCAAAGAGCUCAGCCUCCUGUGCCUAUGGCUAUGGUGUUGUUGUCAAAGAGAACCAAAUCCCCUUGCUGAUCCGCACAAAUAAAAUUCAGAAAACUGCGCAUGAUUGAUUUUGUAGGUCAGGAAAUUGUUGAUCUUUUGUAAUAUUUCUGGUGUCUGUUAUAGUAUAUUAUUUAUUCAUUGACGUGGAAGGUGUAUAUAAUAGAAAGUGCCUUCCAUUAUUUUACAGCUUGUGUGGAUCUUAGAAAGCCUAUUGUAUUUCAGGCUUUGUUUGGGAAAUUGGGAGUUGUGACAUUUGAUUCCAAAUUCUUUUUAGACCUGUUAUUCUGGUAAUUUUGGACAUGUUAGCCAUAACAAAUUGACUGAAAAUCGAGUUUAAGAGCAUCCCAAUAGGGGGUUUUUCA